AUGGAUGCAGAGGGUGUUUCAGGGACUGCUGGUCAUGCUACUUGGGCUCCCACUUGGUCAGCCUACAUGCUUGAAUACCUUACAAAUUUAGUGGUUAGUGGCACCAAGACUUCAUCCACCUUCAAGAUGGUUCACUACAAUGGGUGUGCAAAGGCUCUCCAACAGAAAUUUGGCAUUGUGCGCAGUGGUGACCAGAUUAAGAACCACCUUAAGACAUGGCAAAAGAAGUUUCGUAAAGUAUGUGACCUUCGUGGGUUGAGUGCUGCUGGUUGGGAUGAAGAUACCUACACUAUAACUCUUGAUGAUGAGCACUACAACAAUUAUAUUAAGGAUCACAAGGGUGAUGCUGAUUUUCUAAACAAGCCUAUUCAACACUUUGUGGAGAUGAACACAAUAUUUGGGAGCACCAUGGCUACAGGCAGGUUUGCAAAGGACUCAAGUGUGCCUCUAGGUACACAAGAAGAAAGUACAGAUGACUGGGAUACCGAGGUGCAGAGGAUGGAGGUACAGAGUGAUAGGGGUGCAACUCAAGAUGACAAUGUGGCGACUUCAUCAGCUAGCAAGGCCACGAAUCCUAAGAAGAAGGACAAGGGAAAGAAGAGGGCUAGGACUGACCAAGAUCCAUUGGUGGCUGCAAUUAAAUGGGGAAGUGUCAAGUUAGCCAAGGCGAUAAAGGAAGCGGGAAAAUCUGACAAUGAUGUGCCGUCUGAUUUGUAUGACAACGUGAUGGGUAUGCCUGGUUUCAAUUCCACUCACUUAUCCUUCUACCAUUCCUACUUGGUCCAAAAUCCUCACAUAGCAAGAGCUUUCAACUCCUUGCCUUUUGAACAUAAACUCAAUUGGGUUGCAAAGCACAUUGCUGACAACUACCCUGAUGCUCCUAACAACUUUCCUGAUCCUGAUCAGUAA